AUGGCCGGAACUUCAUUUUCCACUCAGCAGUUGGAUGUAAUCUGCACGGCCCUUUAUCAGGCGAAAGAUGGCGACCAGCUUGUCCAUCUUUUUCGAGACAUUGACUCUCAAGUGCUAUGCUCUGAAUGGACGUCACAGCCAGUUCGGAUUGCCUACAUUUAUGCUCUCUACCAUGCCGGCAAUUACGAUCGAUUAUUCGAGGUGAUUGGAAGAUCGAGAUUCGAUGAGCGCUACUACAAAGAAUUGCAAGAGAUCUGGUACAAGGCACGAUACAAGGAG